GCGACGUUAGUCAUCUAAAAAUCACGUCGCUCCGACGACCGGCGAUUAUCACGGAUUCAAAAUAUUUAAAUUUAUGUUAAAAUAAGUUACAAUAACGUUGUUAAAAAUUGUGCGAAAAGUAAAAUAAACUAAGUUUAUUAUUUGUGAGAUGAAAGAAGCGUUAAAGUAUCGAAAGAAAAUUAGGAUCUGAUUGGUGAUUGUGAUGUCUAUGGUCGUCGCGGCUUCGUGAUCAACAAAAUUUUGUCGCUACCUGGUUGACAAAGAACCAGGUUGUUGUCAGUAACUUUGUCAAAUAAAAUAAUAAAUAAAUCAUCGAGUCGGGGUAGAAGCGGGUCCAAUAAGUUGGGCGAAAAUCAAUGGCCAUCAGCGCCCAUGGGCGGCCUCGCGUUUAGGACAAGGAAUAGCCCCUCCCAGAAGACCUCGCUACGGUGGGGUGACUGCUGUCCCCCGAAUAAUUUAAGUCCGCCGGUUGCAUCUUCAUCUGCUGGCGCAUCACCCGCUGUCAUCUUGAAGGACCGCAUGCUGGACCAUAUGCCACCUUCGUCGGUGUGAGGUUGUCCCCCGCUGUUGCGUGACUGUACCCCACGGGGUCUUACGAGGUUUCCAAACGCACCAAAUCGUGUCGCAAACCUCUCGGACCUACGAUACCGUGAUUUUGAAUUAACACCCAUUGAUUUAUCACAACCCAAGAUGAUUAACGUAGCCGGUGUUGUAUCAAUUGGUCUGUUCUACGUCCUAAUUUUGGGCGUCGGAAUAUGGGCAGCCCGUAAGAAGGAAGCUGGAAAUGAUUCCGAAGAAGAAGUUAUGCUUGCUGGCCGAUCGAUCGGCCUCUUCGUCGGCAUAUUUACCAUGACAGCAACAUGGGUCGGCGGAGGUUACAUCAAUGGAACUGCGGAAAUGGUUUAUACCAGGGGCUUGGUUUGGUGUCAAGCGCCCUUCGGCUACGCUCUUAGUCUUGUUUUCGGUGGAAUUUUCUUUGCUAAUAAAAUGCGACAGCAGGGGUACAUCACGAUGUUAGAUCCACUUCAAGAUGCCUUUGGCGAACGAAUGGGUGGAUUACUAUUUUUACCAGCUCUUUGUGGUGAAGUGUUCUGGGCGGCUGGAAUCCUCGCCGCAUUGGGCGCCACUAUAGCCGUCAUCAUUGACAUGGAACACAGUCACUCGAUAAUAUUUAGCGCAUGCAUCGCUGUAUUUUACACACUAUUCGGCGGGCUUUAUGCUGUGGCAUACACAGAUGUAAUUCAGCUUUUCUGCAUCUUCAUUGGACUGUGGAUGUGUAUUCCCUUUGCGUGGAUGAAUCCCCUGGUACAGCCACUGGAUUCUUUGGAAGUAGAUUGGAUUGGCAAAGUCCCUUCUGAAGAGUACUGGUCGUAUCUUGACUACGGGCUGCUUCUUAUUUUCGGAGGCAUUCCUUGGCAAGUUUAUUUCCAACGGGUUUUGUCCUCCAAGACAGCGGGACGGGCGCAAUUGCUGAGUUACGUUGCUGCAGCCGGUUGCAUUCUUAUGGCAAUACCACCUGUCAUGAUUGGCGCCAUUGCCAAAGGAACCCCAUGGAACGAAACUGCCUAUCGCGGUCCAUAUCCACUGGGCCCUGGAGAAACCAGCAUGAUCUUACCCAUGGUACUGCAAUAUCUGACUCCCGAUUUCGUCUCAUUCUUCGGAUUGGGCGCCGUAUCAGCUGCCGUCAUGUCAUCAGCUGACAGCAGUAUUUUGUCAGCCAGUUCCAUGUUCGCACGCAACGUUUACAAGCUGAUAUUCCGCCAACGGGCAUCCGAAAUGGAAAUAAUCUGGGUAAUGAGAGUCGGAAUAGCAAUUGUUGGAGUACUUAGCACCAUAAUGGCAUUAACGAUACCAUCAAUCUACGGUCUGUGGUCAAUGUGCUCAGACUUGGUCUACGUAAUCCUCUUCCCCCAAUUGUUGAUGGUAGUCCAUUUUAAGGACUACUGCAACACCUACGGCAGUCUAUCAGCCUAUAUAAUAGCCUUUCUAGUACGUUUGACCGGGGGUGAAGCAAUGCUAGGUCUGCCAGCUUUGAUCCACUAUCCAGGCUACGAUCCAGUAAACCAGGUCCAGAUGUUUCCAUUCCGCACAAUGGCCAUGUUGAUAUCAUUGAUUACACUUAUCGGUGUUUCCUGGGGAACACAAUGGGUAUUUUUAACUGGGCGACUAGCACCCGGUUAUGACGUAUUCCGGUGCGUAGUUAACAUUCCCGAAGACGUUGAACGCGUCGGGCCAGAUCCUGCCGAAGGUGAACAAAUGGCAGUUCUGGCUGCCGGUACGGGUAAAUUAUAUGGCAGCAAAGAUGAAUCUAACGGCCGAGUUAAUCCAGCACUCGAGCCGGACUAUGACAUGGAACCAGAAUCUCAUGGGCUUUUGAAUUCUGCUGUUGGCAGCAUUGGUAGCAGUUCCACAGGAGGUGGGGGUGGUGCUGCUAUUGGUCAUACUGUUCCACAUAAUGCUAAUAUACGUCAGCUGCAGUCAAAUACUGCCUUCUAGGUUAUGUCUAUCAUUGGUUCCAUGAUCACAAGCUGUGACCAACAAUAACUUUGGUGAUGCGGUUGUUCAUUAAGUUAUUAAUUAAUAUAUAAGUCAUUUUGUUUAAUAAUUAUCUGAGUUUAUGAGGUUAAUAACAUUUUUUAGUUUCAAUGUACGGUUAGAGAUGUCGCCAGUCGUGAUUGUAUCAACUGAAGUUGGCUUGUAUCAGCAAAAAAGGGUAGGGCUGACUUGAGUUGUACAACCGGGACUGGGAUCCAUUUCUCGCGACGGCACGGUCGCCAUUUUGGGAUGACACUCUGACGUAUGUAAUUUGUUAGGAACACCGCAUUACCUUUUAGGCCUAGUUGUUUUAUUUUUUGAGAUAUAUAUUUAAGUAAUUACUAUAUAUUAUAUAACUAUAAAAAAAAAAAAUAUAUAUAUAUAUAUACAUACAUAAAUAUAUGGAAAUAUAUUUAUUACACAAAGACACGAAAUAUUGAUAUACUGUUAUUAUUAUUACUAUUAUUAUUGUAUAUAUAAUAGAGUUUUAUUAGAUGACUUUGGUGUAAAUGGCAGAUGAUCUAAUUAUGACAGUAGAAAAAAAUCAGAUUGUGGAUGGGUCUAAUUGGAUAAUAAAGUUUUUUAAACGAGUAGAAAUAUAAAAGUUUACAAAAUCCGUUUUUGAUAAGAUUAGAUCUGAUUAAUUUUUAAUAGAUCUGAA